AAAUUUUCUAACAAUAUUUUUUUACAUGGCCAUAUGCGACACUCUAAAAACUAAAAAUUGGAAUGAACAUCGUAAAACUCGGACACAUUGGUGGAAAGCAUCCAAAGAUCUUACAGAAAUGUAUGCAGCUUGGGCUGCCUUGCAUCACUAAAAAAUGUACACCAGUUCAAACAAGACUGUUCUUUGAUAGAUUCAUCCAGCGACUAGAUGCUGGUUAUAACACGUUUGAUAUUGAUCGACAUAAGUUAGUUGGUCCAGAUAGAAAUUGUGCUGAAUGGCUGAUGAAAUGUGGUGCUACUAUCAAGUUUCAGGGUCAUGAUAAUCACAUUUUAGAGUAUAAUGCUUUGCCAUCAUCAAAUUUUGAUAAAUAUAAAAUAGAAGAAAUUGACAUGACAGACUCAACUGUUAUGUUAAAAGGAUUUCCACAUUUAAAUAACUGUAAGCAUGUAAAGAAAAUUGUAAUACACAAUUGUAAAUAUUUGUGUGACAGUUGUAUAGCAUAUUUACCUGAACUUACGAGUACUUUGGAACACCUACAGAUUAGUAGUUGUAGAUAUAUCACAUCUGAAGGGUUGAUACCCAUCACAGAACUUGUGAACCUGAAGAAGUUGAUAAUAAAUGACUUGCCACAUUUAGAAGAAAAGCAUAAGAAGCCAUUACUGGAUUUGUUUAAGGAUGCUCUGCCUAAAUGUGACACAGACUUAUUCAAACAAUAAGAAAUGAAAAUUGUCUGAUAAUUAUAUACAUGUAUAUAUUGUUGUUAAUAUAAUUACAUAGGGUUCCAUAUAAAAUAUGAAGAUAUCCUAUACCCAGUCUGGCUGUAUGUCACCAUUCUGGAUGUUUGGAUUGAACAGAAUUUUGAAUAAAUGACAAACACCCAAAACUAUACAUGUGUAAUAGACUUGCUUAAGAAAUAAAACACUAUUUUUAGCUCACGGGGCCCGAAGGGCCAAGUGAGCUUUU